CUUUUACUUCAAGUAAUUUCUAAAUUUGAGCUAAGCAUGCAGAAUUUUUGCAAAUACAACGAAAAAAGCAAACGGUGUGCUAACUGGUUCAGUAAGGUUUGCGCCGACUGUCGGUCCCAAUUCCAAAAAAACAGUGUUGGCAAACGUUUACAGAAUAAAAUCGUACAUUCGAAUGCUGAGCUAAUAAGUACUGAUGAGUGUUACAAGUCUAUAAAGCGUAGCACCGAGAAUAUAACUAGGGAUGGCAUCCUUAUUGAAGAGAUCUGGUGGAAGGUGCCGUUUAUACUUUUGAUAUUCGGUUGCAUUCUAUUGAUAUCUAUAGGCUUCUGCCUGCUUUCCCAGAAGGCUGUAAGUAUAAUGCAGGAACGUGUGGAUCAAACUGAUAUUGAUAUCUGUGAAAACAAAAAAUAUUAUAAAGCAGAGAAGCAAAGAGCCAAGCCGGUAUGCAUUCAGCAUUCUGAUACUCAAAUCAGCAAUUCCAAAUCUUCCUGUUCCCUAAAGUAUCCAAAACCGAACCGGAGUCAUUAUGAAUGCUCCAACUGAAAAGCUCCCUAUCAUC